CAGUGAAUCACACCAUCACCUGAAGAAGAAGAAGAGCAAAAGGAAUCCACUCGCCUGCUUCGCUUCGGAAGCUCUCCGGAAGCAGGGCAGCAGAAGGCAGAGCAAGAUCUUUCUGGUUGGUUGGUUGCUUUCAAACUGAGCUUUUGCUACCUGUCUCUGGGCUUUCGAGCAGCUCCAUUGAUGUGUGUAAGGAAUGUUUUUGUAAAGGCAACUGGAAAAGGGAGACAGCUGCUGCUGCUGCGGCAGUAGCCAGUGCAGCAGAAUGAAUGUGUGAAGGCAAAGUCUGUGAGCAGUGCCUGUGCUUCUCCUCUCCUACUCUGUCUUCAUUCACCAUCUCCAGAAGGGACACUGUGGAAAACUGAUACCCUAACUAAGCAACUCCUGCACUGGAUCUAUCACUGUGUACACCUCCCGUGUGAGGAAAAUGGUCAACAAAGACAUGAAUGGAUUUCCAGUCAAGAAGUGUUCAGCUUUUCAGUUUUUUAAAAAGAGGGUACGGAGAUGGAUUAAGAGUCCAAUGGUCAGCAUGGAAAAGCAUCAGACAAGCAGCCUCAAAUAUCCGGGGUCCACUGUGAUGCAUAUACCUCAAGGGGAGCCUGACAUUGAGUCUCCAUUAUGCCAGAUGUGCUUCAGUGACCAUGCUUUUCAAAGAGGAGUUGUCCCUCAGGACACAGAGUCAUGUUCCUGGGAAGGCCACAGAAGCUGCAAAAUGAAAGAACUCUACAAUAAGGAAGAUCUGUUGGCUCAACCCGAUCAGGGAACUUUCUGGACUAACGAUGACUCAGCUUUUAUGAAACAGAGAAGAAUGGGGCUGAACGACUUCAUUCAAAAAAUCGCCACCAAUUCCUAUGCAUGCAAGCACCCUGAAGUUCAAUCUAUUUUGAAGAUCUCGCAGCCUCAAGAGCCUGAACUUAUGAAUGCCAAUCCUUCUCCUCCACCCAGUCCAUCCCAGCAAAUAAAUCUUGGUCCUUCAUCUAACCCACAUGCUAAACCAGCUGAUUUUCAUUUCCUGAAAGUUAUUGGAAAAGGCAGUUUUGGGAAGGUUCUUCUUGCAAGGCACAAAGCAGAAGAACAAUUCUAUGCAGUGAAAGUCCUCCAGAAGAAAGCAAUCCUGAAAAAGAAAGAGGAGAAACACAUCAUGUCAGAACGCAACGUCCUACUAAAGAAUGUGAAGCACCCUUUCCUAGUAGGACUCCAUUUUUCUUUCCAGACCGCUGACAAACUGUACUUUGUUCUAGACUACAUCAAUGGUGGAGAGUUGUUCUAUCAUCUCCAGCGGGAACGUUGCUUCCUGGAACCACGAGCUCGUUUUUAUGCUGCUGAAAUUGCCAGUGCACUGGGUUACCUGCAUUCUCUGAAUAUAGUUUAUCGAGACUUGAAGCCAGAGAACAUUUUGCUUGAUUCUCAGGGGCACAUUGUCUUGACUGACUUUGGACUCUGCAAAGAGAACAUAGAGCACAACGGCACAACUUCCACAUUUUGUGGCACCCCUGAGUACCUUGCCCCUGAAGUCCUUCACAAGCAACCUUAUGACUGGACUGUUGACUGGUGGUGCCUUGGAGCAGUUUUGUAUGAGAUGCUUUAUGGACUGCCCCCUUUCUAUAGCAGAAACACAGCAGAAAUGUAUGACAACAUCUUGAACAAGCCUCUGCAGCUAAAGCCAAAUAUUACCAACUCUGCUAGACACCUUUUGGAAGGCCUCUUGCAGAAGGACAGGACCAAGAGGCUGGGAGCAAAGGAAGACUUUAUGGAGAUUAAGAAUCACAUCUUCUUCUCCCCAAUUAACUGGGAUGAUCUCAUUAAUAAGAAGAUUACACCCCCUUUUAACCCAAAUGUGAGUGGCCCCAGUGAUCUGCGACACUUUGAUCCCGAGUUCACAGAGGAGCCUGUCCCAAACUCCAUUGGCCAGUCUACAGACAGCAUCCUCAUCACUGCCAGCGUCAAGGAGGCUGCUGAAGCUUUCCUGGGUUUCUCCUAUGCCCCACCCAUGGAUUCUUUCUUGUGAAUGUCUAUGAUUGAUUGUUUCCCCACCGCUCCCCGUUUUUCUUUAAAUUAUGACCCUUUUGUUGGCCUUCUGGUUGAGCUGCCAGACGUCCAGUCAUCUUGAAUAAGAAAGUUUUGCACAUCUUCCCUUCAUGGCAGCUUUGCAGCCUUAAUUUCAACUCUACUGCUGUUUGCUGGAAGCUUGUUUGUUUGUUUGUUUCCAUUGUUGUUUGUUUCGAAGAGCAGAUAUGACUCCUUUUAAAUGAACUUGCAAUACAUUUCACUUCUGGUUCUUCCCACCCACCAAAGUGGUGCUAUCUCCUUUGGAAAUUGAAGGAGGAGGAAAAACUGAAACAAAACAGCAACUGCUGCCAUAGACUGCCAUAGAUCGUAAGCAUUAGAACAACAUGCUGUGUGUGUUAGUUUUAAGGGUUGUGGGUUUUGUGUUCUUUUUUUGGAGAUAAUGUUCCGAAAAGCCUUGCUUGAAGAUCUUUCUGGAUGUGAUAAGGAUUUUACGAAAACGUGCCUUUUUUCUGAUGAGAUCUUGCAAGCUCCAAAGCUUUUCCUGUCAAGAGUGUUUCUUGAUUCAUGCGUGGGUUUGCUAUGUGGACAAUGGUAUGAGUGUGGUAUGCAUAUUAUGCAGAUGGACUUUAGUUCAGAAGCGUCGGUGUGACACUCGCGGGACACUACAAUGUGGGGCAUUGUUUGUUCCUUCCAUAUUUGGAAGACAAUAAAUUAAUAAGUGUCGAUAGUGAUUUUUUUUUUAAAAAAAAAAAAUGUAAAAAGUGUACAGUUAAUAACGAAAACUUUCAAGAUGGGCUUCGAUGACUUGUAUCUCAAAUGCCUGAAGAAGGCAUUGCUGCUAUGGAAAUAAUAUAUGUAAAUAUAAAUAUUUCUAUUUUUAGAAAGGGUUUCUAUGGACCAAAAUGCCCCAGCUGCAGUCUGUCAAAGCUGUUGGUUUAUUUCUUCUUUAUACGAUCUGAAGAGAAUCGUAUAAAUGGUUUUUUUGUAUAAACUGUAAAAUUGGGGGCAUUAUUUAUAGUUUGUGUUAUAUUACUUUUUUGUUUGCAUUCCAGGUUGUAUGUAUUGUAAAAAGACCUGUACAAUUGGUUGCAAUGCUAGAUGUAUAUUUAAAAAGGAAAAAAACACUUUAAAGGCUUAUAAUGUGUACCACCAUUGUAAUGUAAUUAACAUGGUUAUAAUAUGUACCACUUUUGUGACCAAAUUCAUUGGUUUGCAGUAAAAUCUUGGACAAUA